UGGACGCCGUGGUCUUGUUGCGCUGGUCACUGACAACUCAUCAUUUAUUUCCAUUGUUUCUAAUUACUAAGUGAAUAUAAUCCUUGUUGUAUUAGUAUUAAAACUACACAAUAUUGUACUAAAAAUCCCGGUAUUCGUGUUAAUUGCGUCUGGGUUUUUGUUAUCGUCGUCGUAUCAUCGAGAUCAUCGAUCGUCAUUUUUUUAGAUCUUCGUUCUUCAGUAUUGAGUAUUCACUCCUGUCCGCCGCAGCCAUGAACCUGGAGUACGGGCGCUCCAUCAGCGGCAUCCUCAAGAUCACCGAGAUGGUGUUCGCACUGAUCGCGUUCUUGAUCUUGCGGUUCUCCGACACUGGUUACUUUGAUGUCAACGCGGCCUACUUCGGCAUCGGGACUCUCUACGCCUGCUUGCUGGUCACUCCAUUGCUCUUCGUCACCUACCUCAUGGGCAGGAUGGAGAUACAGAAAACCGUCUUUGAGUUCUCGAUCAACUUUCUAUUCUUCUUCUUCCUGACAAUCUACGGCGUGAUGGCCCUAGUUCACUAUAGUGCGGAUGUUCAUGGGUCAACACGCGACUGCGGCAUCACUAUGGGAGUGUUCUCUCUUGCUGCCGCGGCUGCCUACCUUGGUGAUACCGUCAUGUCCAUCAUCAACUACAAUAACUAAUGACCUAAUUGCUACUAAUUUAAGCAACCGCGACUACCAACCGACUAGUGUCGGUCCGAUUGCUACACGGGAACUGCAGGUACUAACUAGUUAGAGGCUACUGUCUCGUUUUGAGGAAUUAGAAAAACUGACUAAUUUUUCGAUACUUUUUAGGUUGGGGAUUUACAAUUAACUAAGGACUGUGUACACUUUCAUGGGAAACCAAAACAACAUUUUAAAAACUAGCUGCCAGUUACCAGGGGCACCAGAACAAUUUACGGACUAUUGUAAACUAUUUGGUUAUGAGACCUACAUAAACAACCUAAUGCUGGCCUUGUUGGUCGUCAGGCCGAGGAACAAGUGAAACUUGAUGUGCCGUUUUUAUAUGUCAGAUUGAUUUGAAGCAGUCAACUUAGUUGUUGCAGCGACUAUGUAGCAGACGUCAACACUAAAUGUGUCUGGUGGUAUAUUAAGGUGUUGCUAUCGAUUAUAUAUAUUAUAGUCAUAGUUUCACCUGAGGUCAGAGAUUCGAUGACUAAACGUGAAAAGCGACUAAUUAAGACGCAUUCAUCUUACACUUAUCUCAACAUGGGAUGGUAGCUAACAAUCAUCACAAAGGCACCCCUAACACCAUCAACCUUCAUGCUGACGCACUCCUAAUAUAGUGAGCACUAUCAUGUACCGGAUGUACGUCGCUUCGGACGUGAAAGCUACUGCGAGGACUGAUUAAGUGCCCAGUCCUUUUAUAGACGUGUUGCUUCCGCCCACAGAGCUCUUGUCCUCGCGACAUAUAAACUGUGCAAGCUGUCAACUCAGCGUAUGAGGUAUAGUUCCCAGUUUCGAAGUUUCAGAGCUACGACGUUUCAGCGUCCCAGUGGAUUCAGAGAGCUAAUUAUAGGUCUGGCUAACCAUGGUUGAACUAGUAUAAAGCUGACCCAUCAGACGCCCAUUUUUGC